CUUAUGUGAUGGUGAAAUUAAUUACACACCUGUUACUGAAUAUAGAAAAUCAUUAAGGUUUUUAAAGUAGAAAAAAGUAUUUUGUUUACGAUUCUGAAGUCAAGGGUUUACCGUCUGCAAGCAGACGUUGACGAGGCUGACGCACCGUCAAGCACGUAACGGAAAAUAACAAGGAAGUCGACCACAAGCAAUCGUUAUCAGAAUGAUUUCCCGCAAAUUUGCAAUGAUAUUGUACCCAACCAUCCUUUAAAUGAGGCGAACACUCGCAACAUGCUUGGAUGCCGCAUUAGGGCAACAGAGACGGCGAAACGUAUGAGAAUUAGUCGCCGCUGUUGCGAAGAAUCAAGAUUUAAAAACUCAUUGUCAGCCAUCAAGAAAAGACGAAAAUCUGCUCAGACCACUUCGUUACUGGGAUGACAUUGAUGGGAACAACCAACAUGGAGCUAUUAGGGUUUGGGUGACACCCCAAAAAGUUUUUUUUUUACAACCGAAACUCAGCUGGAAAGUGCCAACUGCCCAUGCAUGAAACCCAAUGCUAACUAAGGAAGUCAGAACUUCAUCUUGAAGACACAACAGAAGGUCCGGAGACCACAGUUAUCACCAACCAAUCAACUAGAGGAGUUUUUGGGAUGUCUGAGCCUCUCCCGAAUGCAGAAAGUGCUGCAGUACCUCCAGACACAAACACGGAUUCUCCUAGCAAUGCUCCAGGGACAUCUGGGGCUGCCCAGACAUCGGCGUGUCUGCCAACGUCUCAGGAGGUAGACAUGCCGGGCGAUGAUGUUGAAGAAUUCAUCCAACCCUCUGCAGCCACAAUAUUCAGCGACACACCACCUGGACCCUUGCCGGAGGAUGAAGUCUCCAGGGAAGAUGAGAACUUGCUCAAGUAUUUCAUUAUGCUUCGACCUAAAGGACCCACAACUACCAUCCUGGCCAAAGUUUGCACUGCACUAUACAGUGGAGGAGGGCAAAGUGUUAAAGAUUACUGCAGUCAUGUUCUAGGUUUCUCCAACACACGAUACAGAAAAAUCUUUACUCUACAUGAGAGAAAUACCUUGGAGGCAGGAACCGACUGGCAAACCUUUGACAUUACAUUUCUGUACAAACUACUCCAGUGGGUUUGUGGUCUUGCACCUGCUUCUGAUAAGAAGUGGAUGGAACCAACGGCAAGCGGAGUUGAUGAGGAGCUUGAGCACAUGUUGUACUGCAUCAAGCGCGAGAGAAACUUCCUGGCGCACGAAGCCGUCACGUUGAGCGACGAAGAACUUCAAGAGCGCUCAUUGAAGUUGAAGACACUACUGGAGAACAUACUGUGCAAGGUCAGCCAGUGGAAAAACAUUGACCUCUCGCAGGAUGUGAAAAUCGCCAGAAUCAAAUUAGACGAGAUUCUCAGCUCGACUUCGAAAUACUCUCUAAAGUCUUAUCAGAAGGAACUGGAAGACCUGCGCCAGGAUAUCGUGAACAAGCUGGUAGUCAACUCUCAGGAUGAGUUGUUUCCGCACUAUCUCGAUUUGUGGUCAUCAGCUCUAGUGCAGUGGAUUCAGGUUCCAGCGGCAGAGGAAAACAACGGCCUUCACGAGUCAGAAAUCUUUACGAACGUAACCAUCAAAGACAUGAAUAACUAUGUUAUGUCAGUGGAGGAUAUCUUAUCUUAUCGCAUUGAGAACAACACUCUUCCGCAGGUCAUGAUCAUCGAAGGGAUCGCAGGCGUUGGGAAAAGUCACGUCUGUAAAUACAUUCUUGAUAAAUGGGCCUCUGUUAAGGGAGAAUACAUAAAUUUGCCAGAUGUUGAGAUCAUAAUAUUCAUACAGUGCCACACGGUCAACUCAAAAUCUCUGCGAGAAUACUUGAUUGAGGAACUGCUGUCCAACACGUGCAGCACUAUCCGGCAGGAAGAUGUGAUACCGGCCCUUCAGAAAUGUUGCAUUCUCUUCAUCAUCGAUGGUCUCGACGAGGCAGGCUCAAAUGUGAGGACUAUCGUCAGAGAACUGGCUAAGAAAUUUCCUAAGAACAGGAAAAUCAUAACCUGCAGACCGGAAUUUACCGAGGAUGCCAAGACCUUAAUGUCAUCCAACAAGAAGAAUACUUGUAUUUUCUUUGCAAAAGGUUUUGACAGUAAUCAGCGCAGGGAGUACCUUGGUAAACUGCUGGCAACAGUCAAGGCGAAUGUAAGUGAUUAUGAAAGCACUCGCAAUAGGCUGUAUGAGAGACUCCAAGAACUAGAGCACCAUAUGUAUACCUCACUGUGCCUGCCACUGACAAUGACGAUGCUGGUGUCAUUGUGGCUCAAUGACGAAACGCCCUUGUAUCAGAUGACAACGGCGAUGCGCAUUCACCAGGAAAUCACAGAGUUGAAAAUCAAGCAACUUGCUGAGAGGACUCAGCGGAGGCUUGGAGAGUCGCGACACAUCAGCCUGGUCGAACGCACGUGUCAGAAGUGGCUCAAGGCCCUCAGUAAAGUGGCUUGGGAGAUGCUCAAAAACAGCAUGCAGGUGCUAGAUGAGAAUCGAACAGACGAGCUCAUCCAAGAGGCAGAAAACAACAACAUAGACCCGAUAGAUGCUCUGUCCUGUUUUAUGAAGUGCAUCAAAAUAAAAAAGAAGUUCAAGAUACAAUAUGAGUGGGAAUUUUUCCACAAACUUUUCCAGGGAUACCUUGCUGCUGUGUACUUAAAUGAGAAUCCAAAAGGUCCUCCUGGAAACUAUUUUGUGGGUGAAUAUAAAAGUCAAUGUGAGAGGUUGGUAUCACACACGGAAGAAUUAAAAGUAGAUCAUUAUGAUGAAUCCCAAUACAGCUUUGAGACUGACGCUGAAAAAGUCGAUAAGCAAAACACAUUACAGUUUUUGGCUGCAAUGGAAACCUCAAAAGGCGACAUCAAUCUUGAUUACUUGAGGAAAAUCGUCAUAGUGUAUCGACAAGCGACAUCUACCACAGCAUGGGUUCAGUGGGCUACAUUUCUCAGGGAAUGUCAUGAGCACCCAGCUGUCUGUAAGCUUCUUCGAGAAGUCUUUGAAUGGAACGUCAUCUUUGAAUGGAACGGCAUCGAGUUUUUAUCACCAAAUUCUUACGACACUGAGGUUCUUGAAGCGGUAGAGUUCUUGCUAAGGAAAACAAAGUUCAGUCCACACAAAUGUAAACUAUGGCUUAAUCGUGAAGAGUCUCUGCCAGAUGGUUUAGGCCAAAUGCUGUCCACGAUGAUGGAAGUCUCACCAACAACUCCUGUUAGUAUAAUGUGUAAUUUUGCUCUCUCUGCAGAUAUGGAGCAAUGUUUAGGUCACCUCGUAAAGACGGACACAAUAACCCUAACAUUUAAUGGAAAGUUGCAAGACAAAAACAAAAGUGACUUAAUUAGCGUCUUAAAAUGCUCCCAAGAGAAAGAAGCAGCUAUCCAACUGAGUGUAAUGAUAGAAAGCACUGAAGAUCUCAGAAACUUUGCACACUGUUGCACUGCAUCACCUAUCCCAAGGAGUGCAAAACUUGACUUGUGGGUCUACUGCGCCUCUGCAGAAAUGCUGGGCCCCCUCAGCGAGGUGUUCAAAGCCUACGGGUGGCAAAAACCGCUGUCUGUCGGCUUUCAGGACGCAGAGAUGAGCGAGCGGACUAAAGACAUACGAGAGUUAUUGAGGGGUGCUCUGCACAAGAGUUCUGUCAAGCUGACCAAACUGAAACUCAAGGUUGUAGGUGACGCUGAGAAUCGAUUGAAAGAUUAUGAGGGAAUGGCAUGUGGCAUAGCAGACGACACUCCGUGCACCGUUGUGUUUGAAGGUGCAGCUGAUGGUGAUAACAUCAUCUUAGUUUUGGAUGGUAUCCCACAGGGCUGAAUUUUACCUCCUGCUACACUUAGUGGUUCACACUCACAGACACACACAAACACACAUACACUUACUUGGGUUCAACCCCUGGGUGAGACAGAGUAAUCUAAGCGUAUUCCAUAACAGCAUAUUCCACUGGGUUCCUUUUGACAUAAGUAAUGAAUGAUGUACCUGACAGUGAGUUGACUGUUCUAAAGACUACAGCAAUGUUGAAGGAUAUGAAUAUAUACACACACACACACACAUAUAUAUAUAUAUAUAUAUAUAUAUAUAUAUAUAUAUAUAUAUUGUGAUGGCUGGUUUGACCACCACACAAAACACUAAACUUUUAUCAAGUAGUAUUCACCAAAACACCAUACUAAGUCCACAAAAGGUGGAACAGUAUCCAACUUCAAUAAGAGCGUAAAGUCAAUUCAAGGGGACAAAGAAAAUACCAUAAAAAAAUACUUAAUUUUAAUACAUAAGUUUCAGACAGAAAUAACACCUGAACCUCAAUAAUACAGUAACUAAUGAGAAGCACUCACUCUUAACUUCUUGCAAAAGAAAACAAUUACACAAUUAAAGACAGGUCAUCAACACAUACAUACAAAAAGGGGAGAGGGUCCAGAAAGGAGGAGGCAAGCGAAAAGUAAGAAUACCCUAACAAAUACAAUCUAAUAUCCCUAACCACUUCCUCAAACGACUUUAUAGGUCUCCUCUUGGAGGACAAUAACAAACUCCUGGAGGCUUAUUCUGGGUGGCAGGGAAAAUUGAUCCCAAACUAUGGUGUUGGAAGGCUUCCACAAGCUCCACUAAAGACGUCAGCAGAGGGUCAAAGGCCGUGAUCUCAAUAAAUAAAUACAGGUAUAACUGUGAUUACCUUGGGACAGAGAGGUCCCCUGGCUUUUACUGAACCAAGGGCAGUACACAAAUUGAAGACUAUAACAUCCUUGCUGCAGAAUAAGGUUAAUCAAUAAGAUAUACAGCGCCCAAACGUAGCCAAUAUAAUACACCUAGAUAACCACCAGUACGAAAGAAAACAACAAUUACAUACCUAACAUAAAAAUGUACUAAAAACUCAAAUAUUAACUAUAAAAUAAUGACAGCUAAGCUACAAUAUAUAUAUAUAAUGUAUAUAUAUAUUAUUUUGACUGUUUUCUCACAGUGUGUAAAUGUCCACAAGUAAAUUUUCUUCUAUCUUGAUAAAAGGUUUACAAUAA